CUCAACCACCAGCAGCACCGCAGAGAUGGUUACUCAGAGUAAAAUUCAGAUCAGCGCCCCAGACAACAUAGAAGAUAAGUCAUCGGGGAGGCUGGGAUGUUGCGGCUGGCUGCUGGUCGUCAUAUCCCUGAUUUUUGUUACAGUGACCUUCCCCCUCACAAUAUUUUGUGUCUUAAGAUAGUCAACGAGUAUGAGCGGGCUGUCAUUUUUAGGCUUGGUCGUAUCGUGGACAAGAAACCCAAAGGACCAGGACUUUUUUUCGUGCUGCCCUGCACUGAUACGUUCACGAAAGUGGAUUUGAGAACCAUAUCAUUUGAUAUCCCUCCGCAAGAGAUUCUUACCAGAGAUUCAGUGACAGUGUCUGUGGAUGGCGUGGUGUACUUCAGGGUACAGUGCCCCAUCUCAGCCGUGGCCAACGUGUCCAACGCCCCCUCGUCGACACGCCUGCUGGCACAGACCACCCUGAGGAAUGUGCUCGGCACCAAGAACCUCGCAGAGCUGUUAUCUGACAGGGAGGGCAUUUCACGCAGCAUGCAGGAAUCCCUGGAUGAAGCCACGGAUCCAUGGGGGAUCAGAGUGGAGCGUGUGGAGAUCAAGGAUGUGAAGCUGCCUCACCAGCUGCAGAGGGCCAUGGCAGCUGAGGCGGAGGCCAGUCGAGAGGCCAGGGCUAAGGUUAUUGCUGCUGAGGGAGAGAUGAAGGCCUCCAGGGCGCUGAAAGAAGCCUCUCUGGUGAUUGCUGAGUCACCCUCUGCUCUGCAGCUGCGUUACCUGCAGACCCUCAGCACCAUCGCAACGGAGAAGAACUCCACCAUCGUCUUCCCUCUGCCGAUAGACAUCAUGCAGAGCUUUAUCAAGGGAUGACUUCAUCGGAUGGCGUGUCCUGCACUCUAAAAGCUGAAUUAAGUCUGAAUUUCAAUGUUAUUUAGAUUCAGUUGUAUCUUGAUUUUUUUUUUUA